CAUAAGUCAUCCUGAACCAUGACCUUCAACCCCCCUCCCCCACCUCAACUCCGGCGCGGCCUAGCCUCCGCCCGAGAACGUCAAAAACCCAUCCCCCAAGCUUCUGCGAUGAUAGACCUUCCUCGGUACUACAUCGCCCUUUCCGUUCUACCUAUCGUCCUGCUCUUCCUGGUCGCCCUGGUGAUAGGGUGGUUGAAUAGGGAGAGAGCUGGGAAUGAGCGGAGGAAGGAGAGGUUUUUGAAAGAGAUCGGGUAUGGGGUGAAGGACAAGGAGAAGGAUGGCCAGGAGGAGAUGACGGGUGGGACGAACGGGAAGUCAACGAUUGGGGCGGGGACAUUACGACACAGAAACCCGGGCUUCGAAUCACAAGCUCCGGGCCUCUCACACAAGAUACCCAAAAUAUCCUCUGCCUCGACAUCUUCCACCUCCACUUCGACAUCGACAUCACCGUCAACCCGUCCGUUGAUAAUAGGUUUCUGGCACCCAUACUGUAACGCCGGCGGCGGCGGAGAAAGAGUCCUCUGGACAGCCAUCUACUGGGCUCUUCGACAACAGAAGGAUAGAGUUGAAGGGAGGAAAGUGGUCUGUGUGGUCUAUUCUGGUGAUUAUCCUGCUGCUUCCAAGGAGGAGAUCCUCGAGCGGGUUCAGACCCGAUUCCACCUCCCCCUCUCGCAAACCCCCUACCUACACUCCAUCCACUUCCUCCCCCUCCCCUCCCGCCGUCUGAUCUCAGACGGGUACUGGACCCGGUUCACGCUCUUAGGACAGAGUUUGGGGAGUGUUUUAGUCUGCGCGGAGGGGUUUGGAGUUGGAAUUGGAGUGGAUUUCGGGUUGGGGUUGGGGUUACGGAGAUUGUGGAGCAAGAGGGUGGAGGAAGGGGGGAAGAAGGGGUUUUGGCCGGAUGUGUUUAUCGACACCAUGGGCCACCCAUUCACCCUCCCCCUCCUCUCCUUCCUAUCCGGCUCGACGGUCCCCUUGGGGGCUUACGUGCAUUAUCCGGUGAUAUCGACUGAUAUGAUCGGGAGGGUGCGGGAUGGGGUUUGGGGUGUGGAGAGUGGGAGUGAGGCAGGUACGGGCGGUGAAGGUGAAAGUGGAGGUGAGAAUGGUGGUGAUGGUGCGAAUGGGAAGAAGAGCGGGGGAGGGUUGAAGGGGUGGAGACGGCUCGGCAAACUCGCGUAUUACCACGCCUUUACUCGGGCAUACGCCGUCUCGCUGUUGUUCGCCGACGAGAUCAUGACCAACUCUUCCUGGACGUCGGGGCAUAUCACCUCGUUACUCAAGUUGGGCCGGGGGACGUGGGCGGCUUACCUGCUCAAUUUGGACGGUACCGGGAGGCCCAAAGCAAACAAGACGGAUGCACAGAACAAAGAAAAUGACGGGGACAGCAACGACCGGGUCGUCUUCCCGCCUUGCGAUACCUCGGAGUUCUUGCACUUACCUCUCGAGGACCGGCAUCAAAGCCAUACGUUGAUCUCCCUCGCUCAGUUUCGACCGGAAAAGGAUCAGGCGAAACAACUGAGAGCGCUGGCGAUCCUCUUUGAGCGGUAUCCUCGGUGGCGGGACGUGCAGGUAGAUUCUGGAGACAAAACGGGAACCCAGGUGCAAACCGACAUAGAGAAGGCGGGAUCGGGGUCGAGCAAGGGGGUCAAGCUGGUCUUGAUGGGGAGCUGUCGAGAUGAGGCGGAUGAACGGCGGAUAGACGGCUUGAGGCGACUAGCUGUGGAUCUUGGGAUCGAGGCCAACGUCGAGUUCAUCACCAACGCUCCCUUUCCUAUGCUCGUCUCCCAUCUCGGCUCGGCGUCCAUCGGGCUGAACACCAUGAAAGAUGAACAUUUCGGGAUCGGCGUGGUAGAGUUCAUGGCGAGCGGGUUGAUUCCGCUUGUGCACCAGAGCGCGGGACCUUGGUUGGAUAUCGUCGUACCGCUCGAUGGGCAGACUACAGGCUAUCACGCUACCACAGCUUCCUCCUUUGCCGACCAGAUCCACACCAUCCUCUCCCUCCCCUCCUCUACCCAGCUAUCGAUCCGCCGAGCGGCCCGUGAACAGGCGAUCGCCAAGUUCUCGCAAGAAUGCUUCGAACGCGGGUGGGAAGUCUCUUGGGACAAGCUUUUGGGAUCGGCAGAGAGGGGCAUAGAAGAGAGGCGGAGGGAAGAAUUGGAACAAGAGAGGCGGGGGCGGUGAUGAUGUAUCCACUUAAGGCCGGUCAUCGCUAGACGUCGUUGUACAUGCGUGUCAUCCAUAGAUCCUGGUUGGAAGAGCGUAACCGAGAUGGAUUUUCGGCGAUGUGAAGCCUACGAGUGGUACCUUUGAAGACGCGAGCUUGAGAAAGUAGCCAG